GACUGGAUCAGGAAAAACAUUGGCUUAUGGAAUUCCAGUGGUUCAGUUCUUACAAGCGAUGCAGCCUAAAGUGAAGAGAUCAGAUGGGCCUUUGGCUGUUUUGAUUGUUCCAACCAGAGAGCUUGCCCUGCAGAGCUUUCAGAUGUUUCAGAAGCUUCUAAAACCUUUCACCUGGAUUGUGCCUGGAGUUCUGAUGGGAGGAGAGAAAAGAAAAGCAGAAAAAGCCAGACUGAGGAAGGGCAUUAAUGUUCUGAUCUCGACUCCAGGCCGACUGGUGGACCACAUAAAGAACACUCUAAGUAUUGCUUUCAGCGCUGUGCGCUGGCUCAUUCUGGAUGAAGCCGACAG